CUUUAAGGGGAUGGGUAGGCUGUAGAAUGUAUGGUUGGCUCCUCCCCCGACGAUGAUGUCAAUCGGAGGUGGAGGUAGGCAGUACUAAGGGACUGAGUUCAUACAAUACAACUGAGACUGCAAGAGCUUUGCGUGCAUCCACAGCAUUACGUCCAAUUCAGCCUGUGUAAGUGAUGCUGCGCCAAGGCUCACCCUCAUCCUACUCCGUUGGGGAACGCAAGCACUAACUAUAGUACAUGUUCAUAUAAAUGUGUGUAUAUUAUUUAUUUACUUUUAUUUAAUUUCUUUGCGAACAACGAUUUUGGUUGCCCAUACACUUACAUACUGGUGGUGGCAAAGUAUAUAACACGUUGGGGAAGCUUUUCUGAAAACUGUUGAAAUUUAGCUCUUAUGAACAAUUUUUCAAAAGCUAAAGUUCAGUGUGAUGUGGUUCCCCAUCCACUUUUUUCAGAGAUGAGUUGAUUUAUUACUUGAAAUCAAGAGCUUCAUCUUGAUCAAUCGACUUGGACCACCGGUGUUUGCUGCUUAUGGAAUUGAACCAGAGUGAACCCACUGUCUGAAGAGGAUUUACGUCGUAUCUUCAAAAGUAAAUCACCGUUCGUAAUUUUUGUCUCCUGCGUUUGGACCACAGACAUUUUAGGACAUGGAUAAUUUUCUACGCGUGGAUACCAUUUGACUAGUCAAUUACUUGAAUUUCUUUUUCCGAGGAGGAUUUUCUUCUCCGCUCCACUUCAGUCUAAUUCAUGGCACUUCAUCUCUUAAAGCACUGAUGUGUCUACGUGACGGGAAUUUCGAGUGAUUUUUAUAUCCUGCAUCAAGGAAUUCAAGAAUUGCAGCCCAUACACAAGAAGCUCAUCCAACCCUGAUUAUGGACUUGGCAAGCGAGGCCCAUGUUCUGGUGGUACUGCUCGGCUGCCUGGUCUUGCUCUGCUGGGCCCAGGAGAAGGAGUACACGGUGAAAGAGGAGCAGCCAGAAAACGUACGCAUCGGGAACCUUCGCAAGGACCUGGACCUGGCGCUUGACCCUGACAUCAAGCUGUCCUCGCCACUGCAGUUCAAGCCCGUGUACAAGACGGGUGACGUGCCUUUGGUGCGCGUGGAGGCCAACACCGGGGAGAUUUUCACCACGGCGAACCGCAUCGACCGCGAGAAGCUCUGCUCGGGCAUCUACGGCGAGAAACAGUGCUUCUACGAGAUCGAGGUGGCCGUUCUGCCAGAUGAGAUCUUCCGGCUGGUCAAGAUCCGGUUUCUAAUCGAGGACAUCAAUGAUAAUGCGCCCCUGUUCCAGUCCACGGUCAUAAACAUUUCCAUCCCGGAGAACACAGCCAUCAACAACCGCUAUCCUGUGCCCUCUGCGUUUGACCCAGAUGUGGGGAUCAAUGGGAUUCAGCAUUAUGAACUUGUCAAGAGCGUCAGUGAGUUCGGACUGGACAUCAUCGAGACCCCGGAGGGAGACAAGUGGCCCCAACUCAUCGUGCAGCAGAGCCUGGACCGAGAGGUGAAGGACACCUUCGUGAUGAAGAUCAAAGUGGAGGACGGGGGCACACCACCAAAGUCCAGCACAGCAAUCCUGCAGGUCACCGUGUCUGACGUGAACGACAAUCGGCCAGUCUUCAAAGACAGCGAGGUAGAGGUCAGCGUGCCGGAGAACGCCCCCAUGGGCACAUCCGUCACCCAGCUGCAUGCCACCGAUGCUGACCUGGGCUCCAACGCACAGAUCACGUUCACCUUCAGCAACCAAAUCUCGCCCGCAACCAAGCGACACUUUGCUAUUGACAGCAAGACUGGAUUGAUUACCGUGAAGCAACCUUUGGACCGGGAGGUCAGCCCAGUUCACAAACUGAUUGUGCUAGCGAGCGAUGGCAGCGCCUCUCCCUCAAGAGCUACCGUCAUAGUGAACGUCACAGACGUUAAUGACAAUGUCCCGUCUAUAGACACCCGCUAUAUCAUAAACCUCGUGAAUGGCACUGUCCUUUUGUCAGAAAACGCUCCGUUAAAUACGAAGAUAGCUCUAAUUACUGUGACCGACAAAGAUGCUGAUCUGAAUGGAAAAGUGACGUGUUACACAGACCCAGAUGUACCUUUUAGGUUGAAGCCUGCUUUUAACAACCAGUUUCUGCUUGAGACUGCUGCCCCCCUGGAUUACGAAACCACCAGAGAAUACGCAAUUAAGAUAGUUGCCUCCGAUUCAGGAAAUCCUCAUCUGAACACGUCAGCAAUGGUGCUCAUAAAAAUCAAAGAUGAGAACGACAAUGCCCCCAUCUUUCCUCAACCUGAAAUUCAGCUCUCCAUCCCUGAGAACAACGACCCCUCCACCCAGUUAAUAAAAGUCAGUGCUACUGAUGCAGAUAGUGGGCCGAAUGCUGAGAUCAUUUACACGCUUGGUCCCGACGCCCCUGAUGGAUUUAACAUAGAUCGCCGCUCAGGCAUUCUCUCGGUUAACAAAAGGCUUGACAGGGAGAAGCAUGAGAAGUAUAUGUUCACUGUCAUCGCCCGGGACAAUGGUUCAACUUCUCUCCAGAGCAACGUCACUGUGAGAUUGAUCGUCCAAGAUCUAAACGACAACAGCCCAGCCUUUACCCACCCGGAGUACAACUUCUACGUGCCUGAGAACCUCCCGUUGUACGGCACGGUGGGAUUGAUCACAGUCACAGAUGCAGACGCAGGGGACAAUGCUGUGGUCACGCUCUCCAUCCUGAACGCGAAGGAUAAUUUCAUCAUCGAUCCCAAAACGGGUGUCAUCAAGCCCAACAUCACUUUUGAUCGAGAGCAGCAGAGCUCGUACACGUUCAUGGUGAAAGCAGUGGACGGGGGUCAGAAGCCGAGCACCUCAUAUGCCAAGGUCACCAUCAAUGUUGUCGAUGUCAACGACAACCGGCCUGUUUUUGUCAUCCCUUCCUCGAACUACUCCUACGACCUGGUUCCAUCCAGCACCGGCCCAGGCUCCGUGGUGACCAGAGUGUUUGCCAUCGACAACGACACAGGCAUGAAUGCGGAGCUUCAGUACAGCAUCAUCGGAGGCUCGAGAGGACUGUUUUCCAUCGACAGAAACACUGGGAAUAUUACGCUGCAGGAGAAGAUUGCUACAGUCGAUCAAGGUUUACACAGAUUGGUGGUGAAAGUCAAAGAUCUUGGCCAACCGGAGUCCUUGUAUGCCAUUGCCUUAGUUCAUCUGUUUGUGAACGACUCUGUGUCCAAUGCCACGUACAUCCAGGAACAACUCCGCAAAAGCAUGGAAACUCCAUUGGAUCGUAAUGUUGGAGAAAGUGCCGUAACGCCCCAGACCAAAAGCUAUGUAAUUGUUGUCAUCGCCAUCAUCGCUGGCACAAUGACUGUCAUUUUAGUCAUCUUCGUAACAGCGCUGGUACGCUGUCGGCAGACGCCGCGGCACAAAGUGGUUCAGAAGGGCAAGCAGAGUGGCGAGUGGGUGUCACCGAACCAGGAGAACCGCCAGAUCAAAAAGAAGAAGAAGAAAAAGAAGAGGUCUCCCAAGAGCCUGCUGCUUAACUUUGUCAGCAUUGAAGAAUCCAAGCCCGACGACCCAACUCACGAGCACAUAAACGGCAAACUUGACCUGCCGGUUGAGCUAGAGGAGCAGACCAUGGGGAAGUACAACUGGGCCACCACACCCACCACCUUCAAACCUGACAGUCCAGAUUUAGCCAAGCACUACAAAUCUGCCUCCCCUCAGCCCACGUUCCAGAUAAAACCGGAAACCCCCGUUGCGCCCAAGAAGCACCAUGUCAUUCAAGAGCUCCCUCUGGACAAUACGUUUGUGGUGGGCUGUGACUCGCUCUCCAAGUGCUCCUCCACCAGCUCUGAUCCGUACAGUGUCUCAGAGUGCAGCUGUCAGGGGAGUUUCAAGACUCCCGGGCAAAUCCACACCCGACAGAAUCAAAGUUCAUCUCCAGACAAGACCUUCAUUGCCCUGCCCCAGGCCUGCCCUCAUAAAACAACACGGCGAGUGACAUUUCACCUCCCGGACGGCUCUCAGGAGAGCUGCAGCGACAGCGGCCUAGGGGAGCACGAGCCAACCAGCACGGCCAGCACCACGCAGCCCCUACCCCUGGGCUUCCCGCAGGAGGAGUACUACGAGCAGACCUCGCCCAACAGCCGCACCGAGGGAGAUGGCAACUCCGACCCGGAGUCCACCAUUGAAGUGAACCUGCAGAAGGCCCUCGCUGAGGCCUCCGAGACCUGCACCCAGGAAUGCCUGAUCCUCGGCCACUCCGACAGCUGCUGGAUGCCCCCGGCGCUGAACCAGUUCCAGACCUCCGCCACCACCACUCUGCCCUCCUUUGGUUUCCAGCAGACCUGGGCCCAGGGUGCCAUGCCCGACGGGCGUCACACCCUCUGCAGGUCAGUGCCCAAAGACGAUCUGGACAAAGGGAGCGGCCGACCCACGUUCUACAACACACUGGACAGACACUCGAGCAAGAAGGAGGACCCGGUGAAGGUCAUUCCUUUAGCCAGCUUCUCGUCCUCGUCGGGUCUGAAGACUCCUGCCGGCAUGGGAUCUACAGGCUACUUGCAUGAGCAUCAGCUGUAGGAGGGCCGCAGAGGCCCACUGAGCACAUGGCUUCAGCUGAGGAUACAACCCCAGAUCAAUUACAGCAUACUAACAUGGAUAAAAGAGGGACAAAAUUGGUUUUCAAAAUGGUGAUCACAAAUCAAAAAAGAAACAAAAAAGAACAAUUGUGAAUACAACUGUGAAUAUAUCAAAAAUGAUUAAAGAAAUAUGAUGUCAUAAAACAAGGAACGAUGGAAAUGUUAGAAAAAAAAGAUUAUUUUAAAUUAAGUCAGUGUACAGAAAGUAAAUGUUAGUUCUAAACCAAAGUAGCAGCUUAAAAAAGAGAGAAAAAAAAGAAAAAAAAAACCUACAAUGGAAUGAGUAUGUGUUUGGUAGAUAGUGGCACGUACCGUACAUUAAACGAAGCUUCAGAGAUUCGCUGGUGAUUAACAAGGAUGUAUAAUAUGUUUGUUUGAUUUUUUUAGAGAUGCCACCUAGGUAUCCAACAAGUAGAAUGGAGACUGCCGAGGUCAGGUCGGUCAAUGUCAGUGUGUGUCUGCUGGGUGUGUUAGAGUGUGCUAGAGUAACAUUUGCAAUGUGUUUCUGGAGACCUCCACUUGCCCUGGGAGUCCCAGACAAUGAAACUGCAACCCUCUCCUGAAUGUGCUGCUGAUGUUAUGUCCAUACUAAGACUGCGAAAACAUGAUUAGCCUCAAUGCAAAAAAUGCAAAAAAGAAAAAAAAAAAGAAAACCUUUUGCUCAGUUUGCCCGAUUCUUCAAUAUUGUCUUCUUUUCGCCACAGAGAGCCUAGGUAGCAGUCCCCUGGUGUUCACACAUCUGAUGAGCCUGUUCUCCGGUUAUUAAGAACCUACUCAUUUUCAAAAUGAUCUCAUUAUCUCAGCCUUGGAAGGCACAGACAGAUGUGCUAAAGAGACAUCCCUUGUUUUCCUCUUCUCCUCUGCAUCAAGUUUUCACCCUAAAAUAUACAAUUAUGCACCAUAGUGCAAUGGAACCAAUUACAAGUGUUUCCCUAUAGUGUAAUUACUUUGAUCUGUAAUCACCAUAGCAGUCAUAGUUAUGGAAGACUGCACUGUUAUACUCUAAUUGGCUUAGUUAUUUUUUUUUACCUAUGCAACAUUCCUCUGUUCAACCACCAAGGCCUCUGCUUAACGAAUGAACAAAGCAGAAAAAACUGACAUUUCAUUUUAAGUACAUUUCUUCAAGCACUGUAUGUGCAUCGAAAUAUAUACUAACAAUUCCAUGCAUUCGCUGUGUGUUAAUGCACUAUUUAUACGGAGAGCUCAUUAGAUGGGAAAUAAAUCAAAGGCAGCCUUACUAUUUACAUUUUAAAGUCAACAUACAAGAAUGCUCCAGAAGCACUGGCUCUUUGAAUUGAGUGCUGGUGUGAUGAUGUUGGUGAGGUGUCAUAUCUUCAGGUGGUAAUAAAAGCUAUUAAGCAUUCACCGUUUAAGUUAAAAAAAAAACCUCGCCCAUAUUUGGCUCAUUUCAAAUCCUUGGAUACACACUGAAGGAUAGAAAAGCCAUGAGAAAAAAGCAGAUGGCUUUUCCAGAAAUGAUUCCGAAAUAAGCCCUCACAAAUAGUUCAAAUUGAUUUGUAAAUUCAUAAGCAAAAAAAACGAUGAAUGGGAAGAAAAAACAACAACAUUUGCAAAAUUUUCCAGGAAUGUUUUGGCUCGGAGCCACAUUCCAGGCGAUGUGGUUGAUCCUGCUCUCCUGGUGCAGGGGCAGAAUAACACAGCUGACGGUUUUAGAGGGCACUUACCUCUUAAUUUAGUGGCUAUUCUGCCUUGUGUACAUUAAUGACACCCAGACCCAUGGGUCACUGAUCCAAAAAAUUGCUUCGCAAUGAAUCAGCUGCAGCCGGCGGGGACUAAUACGUGCCAUAAGAAUGCUAUGGCGACGAGUCGGCGGGGACUAAUACGUGCCAUAAGAAUGCUAUGGCGACGAGCCGGCAGGGACUAAUACGUGCCAUAAGAAUGCAAUGGCGACGAGCCGGCAGGGACUAAUACGUGCCAUAAGAAUGCUAUGGCGACGAGUGGGCGGGGACUAAUACGUGCCAUAAGAAUGCUAUGGCAACAAGCCGGCGGGGACUAAUACGUGCCAUAAGAAUGCAAUGGCGACGAGUGGGCGGGGACUAGUACGUGCCAUAAGAAUGCUAUGGCGACGACAGGCCAGUCUGUCAAUCGACCUGAGAUAGGGCUCAGUUACACCCAUGGGCAGUCCCUGAACAAACGUCAUUUUUGGCUAAUUCAUUUAAUCGAGGAGAAUAAUUCCAGGACAGGAAGAGCAUCUUGUAAAUUGAUGUUGGUGUGUGGUGUAUCAUUUCACUUCCCUCUAAUGGCAGGUCUGUGUGUGUGUGUGUGUGUGUGUGUGUGUGUGUGUGUGUCCGCCGUAGGAAGGAGAGGUAGAAGAUAAGUAAAAGAUGACACAUUUCAAUCAAUAAACUUCACCAUAAAACAUUAAAAUGCAUUUUUUUUAUUUGAUAACUAACUGUAUAAUUGUUACGUCUCACUGCUGUCGGAUAAACCCUUUAAACUGCUCAUACAGAUUUGAUUCUUAUGUCUCAAAUUUAGAAUCUUGCAUGACAGUUUUCAUCUCCUCUCAUUGUUCCACCGCUCCAGCCCCCGGUGCUAAUUCUUGCACCAGACAAUGCUAAAUCCUCUAAACUAUCCAUUUUUGUAUCUGAUUAAGAAGAAAACACAUUUAAAGAUCCUACAUGAAUCCGUGUCACAUGGCAGAUGUUCUUGGUGCCAAAGGUUUCCCCAGUGGAUCAAAACCGUGUCUGAGCAGCGGGAGGUGAUACCUCUGUGAUAAAAUGAUGCCUUUCAGUUUUGCAUGCCUGUUUCUCCUACUUCUUUUAUACUUUUCUAAAAAAAAGUUGUUGCAAAAUGAAUAAAAAUAUCUACAAAAAAAUAGAUGGGGGGGGGGGGGAUCAAAUAUUGUCCUCAAUUUAAUAUUUCAAGAAACCGGGUAAAUGUUAAUGGGCUGUAUUUAUUUUACUAACUGCUGAAUAAGAGAAAGUAUUUUUUCAAUUUUAUUUGCGGCUGCAUCCCACUUCAACAUAUGGCAUCGACUGAGCUGUUCUCAACCCAGCAGCGGCCUCACAUCCCACUUUAACGUACGGCAUCGACUGAGCUGUUCUCAACCCAGCAGCGGCCUCACAUCCCACUUUAACGUACGGCAUCGACUGAGCUGUUCUCAACCCAGCAACGCUCUCACAUCCCCAUCUGCAUGAAGUAAUAAUUCACCUCCCCAUAGAUGACUGUGAUUAUUACUACUCAGUCAGUGUUGUAAAGCCUGGCAGGUGGUGGGUGCUGUCAAACGCCCAUCAUCAUCAUGAGAGUGAGAGGUGGUCAUGAUCCUGCUCAGACGCUGCUCCCUGUUUAGAUGCCAGGCAGAGAACGCCUCUCUAGUUUCAGGAAGACACAGAUAUUCCUUAAGACUGUUUAAAAAAAAAAUGGAAUAAAAAUAAAUGAAUCAACACAAUACAUGGAUGUGUACAUAUAUACUUACAGUAGCAGUAACCCAACAACAUUGCUGGAAAACAAACGUAUGUACGUAUAGCAGCGGCAAGACUGGUUUCUAUUUCAGUUGUCUUAGGACAAUAAUGGAGUAAAGAAUUAUGAGAAGACAAUCUCUGUUGUACUGUAUAUGAACACAUAUGCAUAUGUAGAUGUGUGUGUGGAUGUGUUUGUGUGUGUGCAUGUAUCUCUACUGGUUUAGACAUUACCAGAAUAUUGUAAGUACACGCCAAUUAUCUUGUAUAAAAACUCAUAACAAUAUUGCAUAGUUGCUAUAAUACAACUGCUUGUAAGUAAAUAAUUUGUUGUAAUUCACUAUUGCUUUCAAAUGGCUUUCAUAUGUGCCCCAUAUAUACAAUUGUUUAAUUAAAGAUAUAUAUAUUGCCAUGCCCCUGUAAAAUAUUUCAUCAAAAUCUGAGAAAAGAAACAUUUUCAUUUGUUGUAAUGAUUUUUCUGUCUUGAAAUUUUACUUGAAGUAUUAAAUAUUGUGUAUCUUUAA